AUGCAUCCCCUGAGACACUUGCAGAUGCUGUGUAGAGAAGUGUUUCUGGUAAAAAUGUCGGAACAAUUCAACAAAAAGGAUAUUGAUCCGUUGUUGAUAAUCUACAACCGUAACUUAUUUUGUUGCCAACGUUUUUUAUCUUCAACUGUGAAAGGUCAUUGUCAUUCUAGCUCAAAGCGGGGCAAGUCAUUAUUAGCAAAGUAUGAAAUCAAUAAAAAAAAUAGUAUCAUGCAUACUCACAAAUUAAUUCCAGAACUCAACUUUUAUCUGCCUCACUCUAAUAAAACAAAAAGCCAAAAUAAAAAAAGAAAGAGGCGAGAAAAUAAAAAAAAGGAAGGGAAAAUUUUUUUUUCUAUACUGCCACACACAAAACACACUCAUUCACACACACACACACACACACACAGUAUUAAAUUUUCGUCUUUCUUUUUUUAA